CACCUCUAGUGCCGGAAUGUCAAUCAAAAACAAAAAAAAAAAGCGGCGUGAGAAAGAAAACUGAAUAGAACGGGAGAAAUUGGUCAAUUUCGAUGCAUUGAACGUGAAGCACGGGCAACCGGAAACAGGAGGCAUAGGAUAACGGAAACGGGCGCCAUGGAAACGGCCAGAAUGGAGACGGCGAUGGAGACCCACUUUAUGGCCAAAAUGGGGAAGUGGAUGACCCCCGAGGAGGAGGCGCGGCAAAAGUUCAUCAUGAGGGAGCGGGAUCGAGAGCGGAAGCGGAUCAAGCGCAUGAAUCCCGAGUACCGGCAGAUGGAACGCGAGCGGGAUCGGUUUCGCAAGCUGACGCCCAGGCCCAGUCUGAUGACCCCCGAGGAGGAGGCGCGCCACAAGUUCAUCAUGCGGGAGCGGGAUCGCGAGAGGAAGCGGAUCAAGCGCCUCAAUCCCGAGUACCGGCGAAUGGAACGCGAGCGCGAUCGAUUCCGCAAGAAGUUGACCCCCGAGGAGGAGCUGCGACUGAAGAUGAUCCAGAGGGAGCGAGACCGCGAGAGAAAACGGAUCAAGCGAAUGAAUCCGGAGUACAGGAGGCUGGAACAGGAACGUGAUAGGGAUAGAAAGAAGGCGCGAAGAGCCAACGAGGCCUUCAGGCAGCUGGAAAAGCUGAGGGAUAAGAUCCGGAAGGAUCGCAAGAAGGGUUUACUGGUCACGGAUCCGACGCAGUUGCCGCCGGAAUUCGCGGCCAUGAUACCGCCAGUGCCUGUGGUAAAGCCCGAGGUGGGUGUGCCACCAACCCCGCCCCAAGGACAGCAGCCCUCGCCACUGCUGCAGCAGCAGCAGCAGUUGCAGCAACACCAGCAGGUGCAGCAGCAGCAACAGCAGCAGCAUCAGCAACCUCCGCCCACGCAUCUCCAGGAGCAGCAGCUGAGUCACCAGCUGGCGCAUCAGCGAAACCGGAUGAUGACCAGCCAACUCACUCAGUUGGCCACGCCCCCCCAUGCCACGCACCUGCAGCAGCUCAACAAGUUGCAGCAACUCUACCCGCCUCGGAGUUUCGGCCAUCCCGCAUUGCCGAUCGCUGGAGUGACGCUGAUGCCGCAGCUCUGUCAUCCCAUCCUGCAUCAGAACCUCAGUGCCAGUCUGUACCCGGGUCCACCGAAUGGCAUUAAGCAGGAGUAUGGCCAGGAUAUCUCCGCCUCGGCGAUGGCAGCCGCUCAGGCGGCGGCUUUGGCCUCACUGAGGAAUCCCCAGCAGCAGCAGGAUGACUCCGAAAUGGUCAUCAACCUCGAACCGGAGAUCGUACUCCAGACCGGGCCCGAUGUAAAUCCCGCCCAGCCACCGCCGCAGCAGCAGCACCAUUUCAGUGCCCAUCAGCAACAACAGCAGCAGCAGCAGCAACAUCAUCUCCAGCAGCAGCAGCAUUGCAACAUGUUCCAGCAUAUGGCUCCCCAAGCGCACAUGCAACACAUGCGAUCGCUGCCGCCACCGCCCCCGCCCCCUCGCUGGCCUUGCCGCCGCUGCCGCCCCCCGCCACCUGCCACACACCAGCAACAACAGCAGCAGCAACAGCAACCUGCCCCGCCACAGCAACUGCAACAUGCACCGCAGUGAGAGGUUCUCACCUGUAGUCCUAAGCUCAACUGUCUAGCCAGCUAAACGCUUCCGAAAGUUUGAGGGCACACACGCCUGGAGUUGUGAUCUAAUUAGUUAUGUGAUUUUAAAUCCCUUUUACCAAUUGUACUACGUUGCUAGAAAUGCGGGAUCACAAAUAGAUUUGUGUGAAAGCCUAGUACAAUUUUUGUAUAAUCCCAAUUAUAGCUCACUACUAAUCCCACAAGAAUUCAUUAGGGAAACAAUAUGAUAUAAAAUGAUUUAAGUUUUUAACCCAAAUUUUAAAAAUGUAUUAGUACAUUAACUAUCCAUUUAAUUCGAUUGCAAAUUUUUUAAGGCCAUAUAUAAUUAUUAACCAUUUUUCAACUUCUUAUAGAUCCUCUAAUGAUAACAUGUGAUAAAAUGCACCAUGGGAUUUAAUACACAUUUGAAAACUUGUCCUUAAACUUGUUACAUAACAUUUUUGUAUCAAUUUGUCUAUAAUAUGUAACUUUGGUAGACAAUCGGUAAAUAUUUUCAUGCAAAAACUGUACAAGAUUCUAUUUAUAUUGAAUCUUUAUUCUCUCUGUAACCGUAUAAUUUCCCUAAUUAUCCUGUGGUAGUCACAACUCUCAAGGAUGUGUGCCAACAUCUUAAACGCACAGACUCGCACUGAAACACACCCAUGUUCAUUUUUGUGUAUGUUAAGUAGACGCCAUUUGAAAAAUGCCGAUACGUAUUAUGUUGCGUUACGCAAUUCGCAAUACGUUACUUUAGUGGGCUUCCCCGUCAUAAUUUGUUUAUGUCAUCGUCGUUUAAAGCAUUUCUCUGUUUUUUAGGUCUGUACGUAUUUUGUUUAGUCGCUAAGUGAUAGACGAUACAAUAUAUGCAAGUUUAGGAUGAUACGAUCUACAAUACGAUAUAACGAUAACUGUAUACCUAUAUGAUAUAAUGAUAUAGUAUGGCCAGCCGCGAAAUAAUUAUUACGAAUUUAUGCGCAAAAACAAAAGCGAAAUAUAAGCAGCAAUCAAGUAUUGCUAAAACAUGA